AUGGGUGAUUUGCCUGUAGGUUUUAGGUUCUAUCCCACAGAGGAGGAACUGCUCCUUUACUAUCUUCCUAACAAGCUCAACGGCAUGAAUCCCGACAUCGACAGAGUCAUACCUCUUCUGAACAUCUACGAUUACAAUCCAUGGGAGCUUCCACAACAUGCUGGAGAAAUGUGCCGUGGCGACAAAGAGCAGUGGUUCUUCUUCACCACGAUGCAAGAAAGGGAGGCCCGGGGAGGAAGGCCCAACCGUCUUACUGAGAAGGGAUAUUGGAAAGCUACUGGCUCUCCUUCUGAUGUUUUCACUUGCCAAAAUCUCCGAAUCGGAAGGAAGAAAACCAUGGUUUUCUACGAGGGCCGAGCUCCCCACGGAUCAAAAACUACCUGGAAAAUGAACGAGUAUAAAGUCUAUGAUCAGUCUCCCAAUCCUCAGCUGAAGGAAGAGCUCAGCUUGUGCCGGAUUUACAAUAGAUCCAAGUGCGCGAGGGCGUUUGAUAGGCGGCCGGCUGCGGCCGAGGCUGAUGGAGCGGCGACGCAGUGCCACAACCACCGCAAUCGCAGUGCUGACGUGGCCUUCGCUGCGAGCGAUGAUCCGCAGAUUAAUCCAACGGCGGGGAGUGAAUUGAUGAAUUGGGACAUUGAAACUCAAAGUGAACCUUUGUGGGAUUCGGAAGAUUUGAUGAUGAUACUCAAGUGGUUUGAUUUGUGA